AUGAAGAUUAAUAUUGCGAUUGAUGGUCCCGCCGGUUCUGGCAAAACUACUCUUGGUCGAGAAUUUGUCCAAAGAAUCAACUAUCAGUUUCUUGAUAGUGGGUUAUUUUAUCGUUACUUUGCUAAACUUCUUACUGAAAAUGGUUAUAAUUCUUCGGAAAGAGAAAAAGUAAUAGAGUUUUGUUUUCAAAAAAAGAUUGUAAUUGCUAAGGAUCCACAAAAUUUUUUUCAAGAAUUAGAAAAACAGUAUACUGUCUUGUCUCAGCCUGAAAUAAGUAACUUAGCUUCACUUUUUUCUCCAAUUCAAGAAUUACGACAAAUAAUUCGUGAGUUAAUUAGAGAACUAGUAAAAAAUAAAGGAUUUGUAGUAGUGGGUCGGGAUAUGACUUUCAAGGUAUUACCUGAAGCAGAAGUUAAAAUAUUUUUGACUGCUAAUCAAUCGAAAAGGGUUGAAAGAAGAUAUCAACAACUAGAAAAAAGUUUAAAAAGUUUGUCCUUAGAAGAAGGAGGAGGUAGUCAACGCAAAGAAACUUUGGAAUAUCGAAUUAAAAAAAUUGAUGAGUUAAUUAGUGUCUAUCAAACAGUUCCUACUUCUACUUUUAGUUUGUCAGAGGCAGAGAAAAUUCUUGAUCAGCAAGUAGGAUUUACAGAACAAAAAAGAAAAAUCUUAGAAAUUUUGGAGACUGAAGAAUUUAGAAGGUCAAAAAAUGUCCAAAAAAGUUCCUCUGUUUUGUGUUUUGUUGGACCAGUUGGAACUGGUAAAACCACUUUUAGUAAACUCUUGGCUCAAGCCUUAAAGAAAAAAUUUUUUUUAAUACCAUUGGGAGGAUUAUCUACUUCUGCUGAUUUAGUAGGAGCCAGCGAAAAUUCUUCAGGAACUGAAAUAGGACAAUUAACCAAAUCUUUAAUUGAAUCUAAAGCUUCUAAUCCAGUAAUUUUACUAGACGAAAUCGACAAGACGAAGCCCUUCAUUCAUGACCUGUUAAUAAAAGUUUUGGAUCUUGAACAAAAUCAAGCAGUUCUAGAUUAUUAUUUGGAUGUAAAAAUAGAUUUUUCCCAAGUGACUUUUGUGGUAACUGCCAACGAUAAAGAUAAAAUUCCUGUUUACUUGCGUUCACGGAUGACAAUGGUUGAAUUACCAGAAUACAGCGACGAACAAAAAAAAGAAAUUGCUAGCAAAAUUAUUCAGAAUUUUUUUUCCCAAAAUCCAACACUAAAUUCCAAAAAUUUUGAAAUUACUUCCGAAGCAUUGGAAAGAUUAAUUGCUAAAACUAAAGAAAAAGGUGUUCGUCAAUUAAAAACAGCCUUUGACUAUAUUUUUAAUUAUUGUAUUUUACAGUGGACUAGAGAAGCUAAAAGAGGAGAAUCAGAGGGUAAAAUAGUUAUUAAUGAUGAACUAAUUGCCCAGAUUAUCCUUCACGAUUUUCCUAAUGUUGAUCAAGAGGAAAAAAAAGAUAAACCAAGCAGUAAUUGA